ACAGACGACUCGGAGCCGGGCGAAGAGCGGAAGAAGCAAGACAAGAUGGUGAUAAGGGACCGGCGUCGCUCGGUGUGGAGGGCGACGGGUGGGUUGAGCGGAUAUGACGAUCGCCAAGAUUUGUUAGACGCAGGAACGAGCGGUUGUCGAUCUUGGCAGAUGUUGAGUUGCCUCGUGGCGUUCGAAUGCGUCGGCAGGGGCCGCGUGCUCAGAGUGUUAAACGGGCAGGCGUAGUAGAAUCUGGGCUCUAUCGUCUAGCGAGGCGCGCUCUUAUCCUGCUCUUUUUCUCAAUGGGAUGCGGCAGCUAUGCAGCGAUGGUCGCUCGUCUUUGGUUUCGUGGCAAGCAGGGUUGGUUGUAUUCGGGGGGUCGUUAUAAUUGAGUGUGCCUCCAAUCAAUGGUCCCCAUCCAGUCCGCCAACAAUAUUGCCCAGGCCGAUCCUUCUCUUACGCAAUCCCACGGCGAAAUCAAACGCGCGUCGCACAGCUACAGUCAGGUAUCGGUUGUGGUCGUAUUCCGGGGUCGUGGCCGUUGCCGUUUUCGAGUAUCGACGUCGCUCUGGUCUUCGAGGGGGAAUGGUCUUGGGACAAAAUUGUGGUGUAGUGGAUUGCGGCCGUGGGCGUAUCCCGCGCGAACAGGUAGGGAGAAGGGAAGAAGGAAGGAAGGAAAGAAUAAACAAAAUACGCACUAGAGAAGGGGGGAGGGGAAGGGGGGAGGUAGGGGGGGGUGAUAAGAGACAGACAGACAGACAGACAGACUACUUGGUUGUCGUGGGUAUGGAAAAGAGAGAUGAAGCGACGAUGGAAUGAAUGGGUGCGAAAGCGGAGGGGAGAAAAGACACAGGCAUA